AAUUUAAAGGGGGUGGAUUGGGAUUGGAUUGGAUUAUUCUGGUAACCGAUAUUUUUACGAUUCAAAUCCUUCCGAAUUAAAGUGCACAGUUACCUGCUACUGCUGCACGAUCCCUUCUCCAGUUUUCCUUCCUUGUCUGCCAAGCAUAAGGGGAAUGGAUUCCAAAGAAAACCCUUCACUUGAUCUCUCGAAUUUUGCUCACGCUUUGAAGAUAUACUUCUAAUCUCUCUCUCUCUCUCUCUCUGCAGUCCGGAGUCUGGAGUGGAAACUAUCAUUCUAAGAGGGAAGAGAUCGAGAACCCGUUAUAUCGCUCCCACUGCUUACUGUUGUUAGCCAUCGUUUAUUUAAGUGGGGGUUCUCUUCACUUCUCUUCAUUUUUGCAGAGAUGGAUAAAAAGAACAAAGACGUCAUUAGGUUGGAGCGGGAAGCUGUUAUUCCCAUUUUGAAGCCUAAGCUUAUAAUGUCUUUGGCCAACCUCAUAGAACAUGGUUCUGACCGUGCUGAGUUUAUAAAGCUCUGCAAGAGAGUUGAAUACACAAUUCGAGCUUGGUAUUUUCUGCAGUUCGAGGAUCUGAUGCAAUUGUACUCCCUCUUCGACCCCGUUCAUGGAUCUCAGAAAUUGGCGCAACAGAAGUUAUCCCCUGAAGAGAUCGAUGUUCUUGAACAGAACUUCCUGGCAUACCUGUUUGAGGUGAUGGAUAAGAGCAAUUUCAAGAUAACAAACAAUGAGGAGAUUGAAGUUGCACAGUCUGGGCAGUAUCUCCUUAAUCUUCCUAUCACUGUUGAUAAAUCGAAGCUUGACACCAAACUUUUGAAAAGGUUUUUUGAAGAGCAUCCUCGUGAAAACCUUCCAGAAUUUCAUGAUAAGUACAUAAUCUUCCGUCGGGGCAUUGGAAUUGACCGAACAACUGAUUACUUUUUCAUGGAGAAAUUGGAUAUGAUGCUCAUUGCACGUUUGUGGGGAUGGCUUCUCAGGGUAACCGGAGUACAACGUAUUUUGUCCAGAAAGCCAAUGGUGCAACAACAACAACAAGAAAAACAAGAAGAUCCAAAGAAAACUGAUGAAAUUAUCAAUGAAGUGAAGGAAGAUGACCUAUAUGUUGAACGGAUACGAAUUGAAAAUAUGCAGCUCAGCUUGCGUAACUUGCUUAACAAAAUCACAAUUCAAGAGCCAACUUUUGACAGGAUGAUUGUUGUAUACAGGCGAGCAAGUCCAGAAACCAAACCAGAUCGAGGAAUAUAUGUGAAACAUUUUAAAAACAUUCCCAUGGCUGAUAUGGAAAUAGUUCUGCCAGAGAAGAAAAAUCCAAGUUUGACACCGAUGGAUUGGGUCAAAUUCCUUGUUUCGGCUGUCCUUGGGCUGGUUGCUCUUUUCGGUUCACUUGAAAUGCCUAAAGCUGACUUUUGGGUCAUUAUUGCCAUCCUCUCUGGACUGGCUGGCUACUGCGCGAAGAUCUACUUCACGUUUCAGCAGAACAUGGUCACUUAUCAGAACUUGAUUACACAAUCCAUGUACGACAAACAAUUGGAUAGUGGGAAGGGCACUCUUCUUCACUUGUGUGAUGAUGUGAUUCAACAAGAAGUCAAAGAGGUCAUCAUUUCUUUCUUUAUUUUGAUGGAACAGGGUAAAGCUACAAAAGAGGAUCUUGAUCAUCGGUGUGAAGAACUAAUUGAAGAGGAGUUUGGUGAGCGAUGCAACUUUGAAGUGGAUGAUGCAGUCCAAAAGUUGGAGAAGCUGGGCAUUGUUAGUAGGGAUACCAUUGGAAGAUAUUAUUGCGUAUCCUUGAAGCGUGCUAAUGAGAUCAUUGGCACCACUACGGAGGAACUAGUGCUCAAGGCAAGACAAGGAAGUAGUAAUGCUGCUUGAUGCCGUCUUUGGUAGGCAAGUUUCUUCUCUUCUCAUGUAUUCGAGCUGUUGAAGUCAUAACUAAUCCUUCAGAGAACAUUCACAGGCAGGAAGAAUUGCUUUUUCCACUCCACUUAUCUGGCGUAUCAAGUAAAUGGCUGGUUUUGUAUAGUACCUCUGAAUCCACACCAUUCUUUUAUUUCAUGUCUAACUUUGUUACCAGAACUGAAUCAAGAUGGGGCUAAUGAUGCUGGCAUUGGUUCCACUUCUUUUUCUUCUUGGUACCAUUGCACUUAAUUUUAUGGUUGUCAUUUGAGUCCAAGGGGAGAAACUAUGAUUUGUAAUGUCUGGUUUAGUAGUUAGCUUCAUCGUGAUGUAUGUAUGAAGCCAUUGACUGUGGUGUAAACCUCAUUCUUUAAUCUUUAUCAGUUUGGUGUCAA